AUGGAGAUAGUUAAUUUCAUUCCCAAGUGUGGAAGCAUGAGGUACACAAGGAGAAGGGCCUAUCAUAAGCUCAAGAGCAACAAAGAGGUUAGUAGUAAUUUUACUAAUAAGAAUGUUGAUAUGUUAGCUUCAAAAAAAUUGAAAAUUGCUGAAAUGAUAUUAGAUGUUCAACCAAAGAUCUUCAGAUUAUCAACAAAUAUGUGGAAAAAGUUAAGAGAUGGUUAUGUGCAUGCUAUGUUAUGUAUGGCUGCGCAUGUUGCUCACUUGAACAAUGGUGAAAUUUGUUUUUUCAAGAAGUUCCAUUAUGAUGAUGGGGAUGAUGUUCUUUACUUAAAAGCCUCAUGA